UAGUCCAUCUUAACAGACUUAAAUAUGCUAAUCUUUCGUCUAUUUUAGAUUAAGUUUUCUCCUAUGGAAAGGAGCGUUCGCCGAAGGGAUGGCCGAGAUCGAGAAACUCACGAACCUUCCAAACAUCUACUUCGACCCGGUGGGAAUCACGAGACUCUACCAUCACGAAUGGAAAACACUGGUCUUCGUGGAUCUCCGAGACAUCAAAGCGGUCGAAACGACAAUCCGUGAAGCAUUGAAUCACCCAAUCCACACAGAAGAUUCUUGGGGAGUACAGACAGGGGAUGUGUACGAUCGGGUUUUUGUGGACAGCAACGUUAAUGAAACUUGGAAGCUCGCGGUAAUACCUCCGAAGUGUAAACCAUUGGUGCAACCCUGCGAUGUGUACUUUUACCGGCAAGUGAAAAUUUUUAUUAAAAAGCUGCAGCACUGCACGCACUUGCUAGAAACUCACCUCGAAUUAACGCAACGGCAGGAUGCAAUACACAUCCAUUCCUUACUCCAUAAUCAAUUGUGUGCUUCCGUCUUUAACAACAUGAUAUUGUAUGCGUGGUAUGCGGCGGGAUUGACAACUGACGAGAAACCCAAAUUUAAAAAUAUGAAUGAUUCCAAAAGUCGGUCCCAGGCACCAACGGUCACCUUGACCAUGAAAGCAUUCAUUCAUUUAUUGCCUGGGGUACAACCGGUCCUUCCAAACCAAAUGACUCCCAUGUGCAUAGCGGCUGUUGGGUUCGACUGGUUCGCUGCAGCUCCUAACUGA